AUGUGUGUAGCGCUGAUCCUUUUGGCAAAUGCUUUCUACAAAGUAUAUUAUUGGCUAUUUGAUUUGUGUGAACACGCAUUUGUAUCAGCCCUUCUUCUAGCUACCGUAUUCUUCUUCUUUCUGCCUGUGCUGUUCAAUUUGGAAUCGGUACGUGCAAUUACAUAUAAUAAAUCUAGUCAGAUCGACUCUUCUAUGUAUAGUCGUUUGCUAUCAGGUCUUAUCAUUUCGUGUUAUUCCUACACUUUUUCUUCGACGACAGAUCUUCAUGAGAUUAAUAUUAGGCCGACGACUGCUGUCCAAAGAAGGGUGCAACUGCUCUCAAGUCACCUCAAUGAUUUUCCGUUUUCACGUUGUACAUGGCGAAAAUUUCGGACAGAAUGGAAUGUAGAAUGGUUAUUCAAGAGGUUUCUGAAUGGGACCAAAAGCAGGACUUAA